AUGGUGAUGUUCAAGAAGGUGAAGACCUUCCUGAUGACCUUCAGCGAGCCCGAGAAGGUCUACUGCAGCGGGGAGAAGGUGGCCGGGCGCGUGUUGGUGGAGGUGGCCGAGGUGACUCGCGUCAGCGCCGUCAAGGUGCUGGCCUGCGGGGUGGCCAAAGUCAACUGGGCCAAGGGCCCCCAGCAGUGCAGGCAGGAGAUGGAGUACCUGCGCUUCGAGGACGUCCUCACUCUGGAGGAGCAGCCCACGGAUGGGGACGGCUCUGUAAUCCUGAGACCUGGGAACAAGUACGAGUACAAAUUCGGAUUCGAGCUUCCCCAGGGGCCUCUGGGUACCACCUUCAAGGGCAAGUACGGCUGUGUGGAUUACUGGGUGAAGGCGUUCCUGGAGCGCCCCUCCCUUCCCACCCAGGAGAUAAAGAAGCGGUUCGAGGUUAUGGAUCCCGUGGACGUGAACACUCCGGAAUUGCUGUCCCCAGUCGCUGCCAAGAAGGAGAAGAAGGUGUCCUGUAUGUUCAUUCCCGAUGGACGUGUGUCAGUCAGCGCUCAGAUCGACAGGAAAGGGUUUUGCGAAGGUGACGAGAUCUGCAUCAACGCCGACUUCGAGAACACGUGCUCCCGCAUCGUGGUGCCCAAGGCGGCCAUCAUCGCCAAGCACACCUACCUGGCCAACGGGCAGACCAAGGUCUUCACCCAGAAACUCUCCUGCGUCCGAGGCAACCACAUCAUCUCGGGCACGUCCGAGUCCUGGCGGGGCAAAACCAUCCGCGUCAAGAAGCUCAAACCGUCCAUCCUGGGCUGCAACAUCCUGCGCGUCGAGUAUUUCCUGCAGAUCUACGUCAGCGUCCCGGGCUCCAAGAAGAUCAUCUUGGAGCUGCCCCUCGUCAUCGGCAGGCGCCCGGGCAUCGGGAG